AUGGCUGUCCAAGGGUCCACCGUUUGUCAGUCCAGUCUAGAGGGUGCAUCUGUAUCUGCACCGGCUGGAACGAUGUUGCAGGGGAUCCCUGAAGAGGAGGAGGAUGUCUAUCUUCUAGACGAUUAUGAUCCGGAGGGCCAGCGGCAGAGCCAGGAGUGGAAUCCUGGUGUUUUGAACACGCGAGAGAAACUCAGAGUCAAGUCUUCAAGAAGGGCUUCAUUGGGAUCGAGACUGUUGCCGUGGAGAUGUACGCAUAUGCAGUACGAGUCGAGGAUCUGGUCGAAGAGUGUGCUCUUUUGUGGAUUUGUGAAAAGGCCGUUUUGGAUUCUCGUCGCUAUUCUCGGUCUCGUUAGUCUCUUCUCCUUCGCAUGGGAUGGUGUCCUCUCCGUCCUCGCAGACAGUCGCGAUGCAGGCAUCUUCCCCGGCCAACGGCCGUCACUCUUCUCGGACUGGGUCACACACGGCGUAGUCCCAAUCGCAUGUCAUUCACACAACGACUAUUGGCGGCGAGUUCCGCUAUUUUCCGCGCUGGCAGCAGGAUGCACCAGCGUGGAAGCCGACAUCUGGCUAGACGGCGACGAACUACGUGUCGGACACACGAUGCGCACUGUUCUCCCGAAUCAAUCACUGCGCAGUCUAUACAUCGAUCCACUCCUCGAUAUCCUCGAACAACACAAUCCCGCCAAGAAUAUCUCAUCGGGAGAAACAAAAUCAUUAAUAGAAGCAGAAGACUUUUCCCCGGUCGGUAUCUUCGUCACGGAACCUGAUCAACCUCUGAUCCUACUCAUCGACUUCAAAGCAUCCCCCGAACUUCUAUGGCCCAUCCUCAUGGAACACCUCCAACCUCUCCGUCAAAAGGGCUACCUCACACACUUCAACGGAACGACACUUAUCCAACGCCCAAUCACAGUCGUAGCAACGGGCAGUGCACCCUUCCACCGAAUCCAAGCCAGCAAUACAUACCGCGAUAUCUUCUACGACGCACCCCUCGACAAACUCGUCCCUAUCCCUUCAGCACGCAAACCCGAACUGGAACCCGAAUCCGAAUCUAAGACAAGCUACAUCCCUGAUCCGGACUCGGACUCAGACUCUCCAUACACAAAAUACAACAGUUAUUACGCCUCCGUCGAUUUCCACGCUAGUAUCGGUUCUCUCCCGCUAGGCCGCCUAUCGCAGGAUCAAUUGGCCAAAAUACGAGCUCAGAUUGCGGCUGCGCAUGACCGAGGCUUAAAGGUUCGGUAUUGGGGUACGCCUGGGUGGCCGGUUGGAUUGAGGAAUUAUGUGUGGAGGGCGCUGUUUAGGGAGGGGGUUGAUAUGUUGAAUGUAGAUGAUUUGAGGGCGGCGAGUAGAGUGGAUUGGAGGAUGAGGGGGUGGUGGGGGUGA